AUGGGUCGUCGAAAGAUUGAUAUUUCAGAGGUGAAGGAUGCCAACAACAAGCAAGUUACAUUUUCCAAGCGUCGCACAGGUUUGUUCAAAAAGGCAAACGAGUUGUCUAUCAUGUGCGAUGCUGAAAUUGCUGUUGUUAUGUUCUCUCCUGGGGACAAGCCUUACUCUUUUGGACACCCUAGUGUUCAUGUUGUUGCAGACAAAUUUCUUCAACAAAACCAUGCAUCGAAUGUUGAACCAGAAAGCAGCGCGUCUCAUGAAGUUGGUGACAUUCUAGGGCAACAUCAACAAUUAUCGAUUGUUAAAUGCCAUAUAAGCGAGGAGCAGAAGAAGGCUACGGAACUUGACAAGAGAGAGAAAGAACAAGAAGCUGCACAACUCUCCCAAUACAAAGAAUUGCAGGUUUCACCAGCACUCCAGCGCAUGGUGGAAGAUUAUGUUGAUGCGGUCGAGGUUUCGGAGUCUAUGUUGCUUCUGGCAGAAGAACCCGUUGAUCUUUUGGUAACUAUGACCAAAGAAUAA